CUUUGAAACCAAACAAAUCAUCCUCAACUUUCUUUCUUUCCAUUCUUUCUCAUCGAACGCAACAGAACAAAAAUGGGUUCCUCUUUUAAUGGGUUUUCUCUGCUUGUCUUGGUCAGUUUGGUUAUCAGCUCCACGGCUUCCGGGGACUUCUACCAAAACUUUGACUUAACUUGGGGUGACAACAGGGCUAAGAUUUUCAAUGGAGGGAAGCUUCUGUCCUUGUCGCUAGACAAGAUUUCUGGGUCUGGCUUCCAGUCCAAGAAAGAGUAUCUGUUUGGAAGAAUUGAUAUGCAGCUCAAACUUGUUGCCGGAAACUCUGCUGGCACCGUCACUGCCUACUAUCUGUCUUCUCAAGGGCCAACCCAUGAUGAAAUAGACUUCGAGUUCCUAGGGAACGUGACCGGUGAGCCUUACAUUUUGCACACUAAUGUCUACGCUCAGGGCAAGGGCGACAGAGAACAACAAUUCUACCUCUGGUUCGACCCUACUAGAAACUUCCACACAUACUCCAUCAUCUGGAAACCCCAGCACAUCAUUUACUUGGUGGAUAAUAUUCCCAUAAGAGUGUUCAAGAAUGCUGAGUCAAUUGGUGUGCCCUUCCCCAAGAACCAGCCCAUGAGGAUUUACUCCAGCCUCUGGAACGCUGAUGAUUGGGCUACUAGAGGUGGGUUGGUCAAGACUGAUUGGACAAAGGCACCCUUUACGGCUUACUACAGGAACUUCAACUUUGUUCCGGCUACUUCAGGCUCGUCGAGCUCUUACUCCCGCAGUGCAUGGGAAUCGGAGGAGCUGGACGCCACCAGCCGGAGGAGAUUAAGGUGGGUUCAGAAGUAUUUCAUGAUCUACAAUUACUGUACCGACUUAAAGCGCUUCCCUCAAGGCCUUCCUCCAGAGUGCAGACGUUCCAGAUUCUGAUCAUAUUUGGCCAUGGUUUUAGAUUCUUUUUCAACUUCCUCUGUUUUUAAGUUUCCCUCUACUUGCAUCCUCGAAGUUCAAAUAAAUUCAAGUUAAAUGUUUCCUGUAGUUUUUUUUUUCCUUUAAUCUUGUUGUAAAUCUUGUUUUGGAUAAUAAAAUUAUUUAUUUUGUAUUUUGUAAAUCGAUGGGUCAUACUGAAAUAUAUGUUUAUACGCAGC